UCGACGUACACGCCCAUUUUUCCGAACGCCACGAAAAACACUAAAAAAAACAAACAUUAUUAAAAUCGAACGUCAAAGUCGCGGUCGGGUCGUUCGGCGGCGUCGGCACCUGGUCGGCGCGGUCAAGUCAAUGUGGUCGCAGGACAUGACCACGUGACGCGCUUCGGCGUCGGUCUUACUCAUUGUCUAAGACUUGCUGUCUGUCGACAAGCCGUCUCUCAGAUUCACGACAAGAAAACAAGCUGAGGGUGAAUACGUAGCUCCAAUCCUGAAUCUGUACGACGAGGAGAUUGGACUUUAAUUCCAUACCUCCAAGCCGCACCUUGGAGAGGAGAGGCCCGUCAGGGGAGCUCUGUGAGUCAGCAGCGGCCGGUCAAAGGGCUGAGCGAAUUGUGACCAUUUCUGGUUAAUUUUCUGAUUUGGAUAUGUACUUGGCAACAAACGUCGUGAUUUUGAAUGUGAUGGACAAAGAUGAUGUAGCAAUGGAAGAACAUUGUUUUGUUGGUGAGACAGUGCCACGAUUUGCCACUUUUCAAGAGGGCCAAAGAAAUGAUGCUUCUAAAAACACGAUGAAGGAAGCACAUAAAGUGGCCUUUUUAAAUGAAGGCACCCACCAGACCGAAGGAUUGUCACUGACGCCACUGUUGAGUGAAAGCCAGGACUACUCUUGUGAUCAUCCGGAAGACCUCAAAAAACCUCCUUCUCAGCAGACCCUCUCCAACAGCACAAAGCAAAGAAAGACACCAAUAAUUUUCAUCAUCAUACUUGCACUCAUCGCCUGCAGUUUAAUUCUGAUUUGUACGUGGCCGUUCUUCAUUUCACCGUUCAUCGAUUUGGUGUUCAACAGUACGGUGUCGUCCAUCAAUCCGAAGAAAAACAUUUUGGCGCUCAACAUUACGGUGUCAUCACUGUCAUCCAUCAAUUUGGAUUCGGAGCAAAACAUCAGGGUGUCGUCCACCGAGCCAGAGUCUGUCCAUUUAGAGCCCUACACUUUAUUGUCGAUGCCAAAAAUCCUGAAACCAAAACCAAAAAAAGAUUUUGGUCCGAAUCAAAGUUUUCCUGGCUGCGGACUACUAGUGGGCCGAGGAAAAAGAGAGGCCAUAGAGGCGCGUGGGUUUGUCAUCAGUAGAGAGAAUGCGGUCAGAGGUCAGCACCCUUGGCAUGCGAGUAUCUCCGUGCGGACGGAAACAGGAUUCGUCAAUGAAGAUUUUUGCGGCGCAACCCUCAUUUCCAAAAGAGUCCUUGUUACAGCUGCGCAUUGUUUUUUUGACAAAAAUGAAAAGAAAAUUGAAGCAAGUCAUGUGGAGGUGACGCUUGGAAUGCACAACCGAUCAAUUGACAAUGAGACAGAGCCUUGGCAACAGAUAUUCACGAAUUUGAGUGUAGUGGUGCACCCAAGCUUCAACCACACCAAGAAGGACUAUAAAGAUGACAUCGCCCUGGUCAUCUUGGAAAGAGAGGUCAAUACCACCACAAAGUAUGUGCGGCCUAUUUGUCUCUGGAAUGAUGAUUACGAGCUCAACAAAAUUUCCAACAAUUAUUUGACAGUGGUCGGCUGGGGGUAUAAUUCCAACCUCGAGCAGCCGGACAUACUGAAAAAGGCGACUCUGAAAGUUGCUUCGUAUGAAGAGUGCUUUGAGAGCGAUCCGAAGUUCUUUUCAAAAUUCAUGCGCCCGACAGAAAACUUUUGCGCCGGAAUUCCUCAAAAUCGGACGAGUGCAUGCGUAGGAGACAGCGGAGGAGGACUGACCUCCUACGACCGAGAUGCAAAACGCCAUUAUUUGCGUGGCGUUGUCAGCAUGGGCAAGUUUGAGGAAAUAUCUAAUAUUAUUACUUGCAAUCCUGAGUACUACUCUCUCUACACGGACGUCACCAAUUACAUGGACUGGAUCAUUGAAAACUCCCCCGACAUCAAUCUAUAAACAAUAGCUCAAAUUCAAAUGCCGCUGGUGUUUGAGCAGGUAGUGUUGCCGAUGAUCGUACUCCUGCAGCACACCGACCUGGUCUUCUUCAAGAGGUUUACCCCCAGCUCUAAUGCGCAAGCUCGAAUCAUCUAGGCAAAGUGCUGUGCGGCAAAAAUUUCCAGCACCCCUGUCUCCCCAGGUGAGGAGCUGAUUUGGUUGCCGCUAGGAGCAUUCUCCAGCGACCUUCAAAGACGGCAAUGUUGAACAUUUCGGAACAUUCUGCUCCAUCUGCAAGAAGUACUUCUAUAUUCAAUUCAUAUUUAUUUCAGUAAACUUGAAUUUAAACGUCAUAUGUGUAUUUUAAGUACAUACGCCAAUUCAAAAAGUACAGUAUUCUGUGAUAUUCAAUAUGCACUGUUGUGAUCUUAUGUAAGACGCACAAAAUUUGACUGCGGCUCUCUUGGUUGAAAACAUUGCCUUUCAAUAUCCCCCAUGUAUGUAGUGUUUUUGCAUUUAUAUAUUGUAGUUAUCGGUAGUUAAUCAUUGUUUAUUCUUCACAAAGUAGUCGUACAUGAAAUCAGGAAAAAAUUCAUGGUUGCGGUUUAAAAAUUACUUCACAUUAUGUUUUAUGCCAAAAUAUAUAUUUCCUGUGCUUCAUGAAAACUUGUUGUUAUAAUAUUUUUAUUAUUGUCUUUAUUAUUUCAAGGCACAAUAUUGAUCCAAAUUAUAAUCUUGCUUUUGGUGCGUGUAUGAGCAUCAAUAUCAAUUCAAUGUUAAUAUUAAUAUCUCAAUACCUCGCUAAAUUUUAAAUAU